CGGCAAUUUUUUUUCAAAACAUUCGUUCGCUAUACGCACCGCGCAGAAUCAUUUCAUCGACGACCAUCAUCUCGAAUUUGCCGGCUCUCCGACUCCGCUUAAUCAUUGAUAAACACGCAGUAUACGACUCCGGUUGCUUGCGAACGGCACUGGUCGAGAGGUACAGACAUAGAGGGGACGCUUCCCAGAGCCUCAUAGUCAACCAAUUGCGCCAUGUUGUCCAACGAGAGCUGGCCUGCGCUCCAGCGCAAAAGGGGGAGAGAAGAGGACCUUGCCGAGAUAUCCCCUGGUGGUACGCUUGGCUUCACUGAACACAGGAGUAAACGCCUCCAAGCCCUUCCACUUAGGACGUCUCCCCCAUCUAAGCGAUGGGCCGAACCACCAAGAUUCCAUGCGCCGCCAACAACAUUCAUCAUCCCGAGCCAACCACGAACCAUCACGCCAAACAGCUCGGAUUCUGAGGAGCCAGGUCAUUUUGCCUUCGCCGAGGAGCCAGAGAUCGUCACAGUUCCGACCCUACAAUCCCCGAUCAAUGUUAGUAUCACCAUGGCAGACAUGGACAUGGACAUGGACAUGAUGGACACCGCCCCCGAGCCAAACCCGAACCACCUUAACGCUUUCCAACCGGAGCCACUUCCCAGUGUCACCGGUCGCAUCCCGACACCAAUACACUGCAGCUUUGCAGCUCAGGUUCGAGGCCAAAACUGGAACGAGGCCCACGGUGCGCUGGCAACAACACCGGAAGAACCCACUUCCAUGGCCUUUGACAGCAACGGCAUGGUUGACGCUGCCGUGGCCCACAACUCCAAUCCGACCACCAACGCUCUGGCAAUGGCGGAUUGGAAUCACAUCCAGAACCGCCGGCUGCCAUCCCCGAUCAGCGAAACCGGCGGUGAAGACAGCCCAGCCAUGGUGCUUGAUUCGUGCUGCUCCCCUCACCCUAUCACCACGUCCCCGAGCGGACAUCUCAGCCACUUGACGCACGAGCACCCAUUGCUGGCAUCGAUGAGGGAGCAAUCUCCGCGACCGGGUUCACCAAAUGGAGGAAUGGAGGUGGAAUCGGGCUCGCCAUCACCGAAACGGGGGCACGCGAGGUCGAGACAUACGGUCAACUCGUGGACCGCGGUGCCGCCGGGAGUGAAGAGGUCGUUCAGUAUAGGGUACCGGGCGGAUUGUGAUAAGUGCAGGAUGAAGGUGCCGGGGCAUUUUAAUCAUAUCAUCAUUUCUUAGAGGGAUGAAGCUGAUGGGAGGUGGAAGAGUAGGGUUGAGGGGGUAAGGGAGAGGAUUGGGUGUCAUGGGGAACAAGAGAAGGGAUGGCUUGGUGGUAGGAGGAUUUGUGCUGCUUGUUGUUAAAGGGGAGGUUGCCUGACAGAUGAUUUGCGGUUGAUACCAAGGAAGCGUAAUUAGGUUUUGGUUCUCACUCGUUUGCUUUUUUUUCUGUUUUUGGUCACUGUAUAGGGCUUGGGAUGGAUACGCUCUUUUGUUGCCUUUGGGCCGGCUCUUGUGUUUUGUUUGGGACGGCUGAGGGAGUGGGAAGGGACAGCAUUGGUAUUUCAUGCAACGAGCACACACAUCAUUGCCAGCGAGCAAAGUGACUUCUUUUGUUUGGGAAUGGGACAGCGAGCGAGCAGGGGAAUUGGGAAUUGAGGUGUCAAAUUGGGAGGGGAGUGGAAUCGGACACAACACACACACACACAACACACAGCUGGAAUUUCUUAUAUCCAGUAAUUUGCAUUGGUUGAGGCAUUAGUAUCUUUCCUGAUGAGAAAAAGAAUACAAAGCGGAACGUUGAUAUCAUACCCUUC